AGCCUGACAGCAGUAGUCAGAACGAAUCGAGAGGAGCAAGCGUUUGGACGUAGUCGGUAUUGGCAAUCGACAAUCGACAAUCGGCAUCGACAUCGGCAAACGGUCGUCUGCGUCGCUGCGUCGCGUAUGCCAUUUGUGCUGCUGCUCUUUCAAAUAGUCGCGGGCCUAACACUCAUUCUAUUUGUUAUUCAUUAUAUUUAUUAUAUAAUUAAUGCAAUUGCCGGCGAUUUACAAUUACAACAACAGCUACAGCAACAGCAACAACAAAUAUUGCAGUUGCAACAAAACGUGUAUUUACAACAAUUGCAACAACCAAUUGUAAAAAAUUAUCGACAACAACGCAUCCCAGUAGCGUCGUCUGCAACAUAUAGAAAAUCGCAUUGUUUUACAGCAACAACAACAACUGGCGAAAAAAUGCAAACAAGCGACGAUGCAAAGUUUAUAAAAAAACGAUGGAAAGGCGGCACAAUCGAACCACAUCCAACGGAUAAGGCAUUAAUUGUCAACUAUCAGCUGGAAGCGACGGUCUUCGGCGAGCAAUCCAGCAAUCCGAUGAUUGAGGAAAAAAAGAAUUGUCAGAAAAUUAUACGCUUACGUUCGUUGAACGCGAAGACGGAUCCAGCCGCAUUGGCGCGAGAAGUCGUGGACAAAUGUGAUCUCAUACACAAAUCCCAAUUGGCGGAUGUGGAACAGAUAAUAUUCUAUCUGAAGAAUCGAAAAGACAAUGCUGGUGCAGACAUCGCUGACAAUAACAGUCACCAUCGGUCGGCUGUAUCGGGAAAGCGUACACCGGCCAGCAAGGCGAACCCAGCCUCUGCUGUUCUUUCGCCCGCUAAAACACCAGCUAGCAAUGCAGAUGUCUCCAUCAAUAAUAUUGAUGAAUAUGUGGAGUUGUUGUACGAGGACUUGAGUGAACGAAUACGUGGUUCAGCAAUGAUCCUGCAAGUGGCACGCAACCCUGACAAUCUGGAAGAGCUGGAGAAAAAUGAGGCUUGCCUGAGCGCUUUAUCGCGCGUAUUGCGAGAGGAUUGGCGCAAGAGCUUAGAUCUAUCCACAAAUAUAAUAUAUAUAUUUUUCUGUUUUUCGACCUAUACGAAAUUUCAUCCCGUUAUUGUGCAAUAUAAGAUUGGUUCCCUCUGCAUGGACGUCAUAGACUAUGAGCUGCGACGUUAUGAAACAAUGCGGAAUGAGUUGGACGUGAGAAAGAAUCCUGUUACCUCUGCACCACUUUCGGCUAAAUCCAGCAAAGAGAAACUGAACCGCAGCACUGAUGAUUUCCUCGAUAUAAUGAAUGAGGAAAAACCAAAGGAAAUGGAACCACCACGUCGACGCAUACCCGAACUCAAACAACGUCCCAAAUCUGGAAAUUGGUCUAGUUUCCACGGUUCAAUGACUUCCUCAAUGAUGAAAAGUCAAAUACUCAACAGUAGUUACCAUGAGGCUCUUUCCACCGGUGCUGCCACCCCUGACUCGGGCAUUUCAUCGAACGGUGACAUGAAAGCGACCAGCAAUGAGGCGCUCGAUCGCAACGAUCCAAAGGUAAAGAAAGAAGAGAUCGAUCGUCUGAAUAAGCAGUUAAAAGUAUUUGCUAAGAAACAAGAGCAACUGUUACGUGUUGCUUUCUACCUGCUACUUAAUAUGGCCGAGAAUAUUAAAUUGGAGGAAAAGAUGCGACGCAAGCACAUCGUGAAGAUGCUCGUCAAAACAUUGGAUCGACAAAAUAUCGAUCUCUUAAUGUUAGUGACAACAUUUCUGAAGAAGUUAUCUAUCGUACGUGACAAUAAAGAUGAUAUGGGCGAGUUCAAUGUCAUUGCCAAAUUGCCACGCCUAUUCCAAAGUGGCCACACCGAUUUGGCGCAAGUGACACUGAAACUGGUCUUCAAUUUAUCAUUUGAUGGUGUGUUGCGACGAAAAAUGGUCGGUGCUGGUUACCUGCCAAAGCUAGUGAUGUUCAUCAAUGAUGAGAAACACCACGGCAUCGCAAUGAAGAUACUCUAUCACAUGAGCUUAGAUGAUUGGGUUAAAGGCUUAUUCACACACACUGAGUGUGUUCAAAUGGCCACCGAUGCCAUAAUACUCAAUCUGAAUAGCAAGGUUGAUCUCGAUCUCAUCGCACUCUGCAUCAAUCUAUCGCUGAACAAACGUAAUGCACAAAUCAUGGUCGAAGGCAAUCGGCUGCAUGAUCUAAUGGAUCGCGCUUUCAAAUAUCAGGACUCACUACUAAUGAAACUGCUGCGUAAUCUUUCACAGCACGAAAUGUUGCAACCAAAAUUUAUUGACUAUGUCGGCGAUCUGGCGCGCAUACUCACAAUUUGCGAGGAUGAAUCGUUUGUGGUGGAAUGUCUUGGUAUACUAGGUAAUCUCUCGCUAGCCGAUUUGGAUUACUCACAAAUAUUGCAGAACUUCCAACUAAUACCCUGGAUAAGGGAUGUGCUUGUGCCCGGUGCCAAAUUGGACGAUAUGGUACUCGAUACGAUUGUUUAUUUGGGUACCUGUGCACAUGACGAACUUUGUGCGUUGCUGUUCUGUCGCGCAAAGGUUGUGCUCUCGUUGAUCGAGCUGCUGAAGGCCAAACAAGAAGACGACGAAAUUGUCUUACAGAUCAUUUUCGUAUUCCAACAGAUUUUACGACACGAAAGCACACGCGAAUAUAUGAUCAAAGAGACUGAAUCACCGGCGUAUCUGAUCGAUUUGAUGCACGACAAGAAUGCCGAGAUACGUAAAGUCUGCGAUUAUUGCCUCGACAUCAUUGCUAUCAGUGACAGUGAGUGGGCCAAACGGAUCAAGCUUGAAAAGUUCCGCAAUCACAAUUCACAGUGGCUUUGCAUGGUUGAAUCGCAGCAAGAUCAAGACAAUGAACAAGACUAUGCUGACAAUGAUGAGAACGAAAACGAACUCGACACCUAUUUACGCAACGAUUAUUUGGACAACUGCGAUCUCUACAAUAGCAGCAACACAAAUAAGGAGAGUGAGGACAAUGAAAGCAACAAUAGCAACAAUCCAGCCAGUCCUGCAUUGUCUACCUAUAGUCGUCCAGUGAGCAGCUACCGGCGCAGUGAGGACCUCGACGAUCUCUUCAACAUGACUUCGAGUUCGAAAUCGCAAGGAUCCAGCCAAGGCGACAGCAACUACAUGUUCAAGUCGAACAAAUCGCUGGAUGUUGAGGGACUGCACGAGGAGUUGUUGAUGGCCUAAAGUGCACAUACAUGUAGUAAAAUAUGAAGUAUAUAUAUACAUAUGUAUGUAUAUACAUAUGUAAACAAAAACAACCACUUAUAUGCAGUUGCAUGGUUAUAAAGUACAUAUGUACAUAGAGUAUAUACAUAUAUUUAUACAUAUAUGUAUAUGUGGUUAUGUAUGAAGAAUUAAGGAAAAUGUUGCAUUAAGACGCUCCUCAACUCCCCCUCAAUUGUUUCGAAAAUAAUCUUUUGCACUACAACAACAAAUGUAAAGGAAGUAUUUCUUUCUCUUAACAGUUAGUUAUAUUUUGGCUAAUAUGUAGUUGCCACAUAUUACUAUAUAUAAUUGUUGUUGUUUGUGACUGUCCAAAUCGUAGCAACGCUCGUGUCACAACCUACCAACCAACUUAAAACGAGUCGAAAUACACACAUACAAGCAAAUGUAGAUGUAUGUGUUUAUUUAUAUAGUAUAUAUAAGAUGCAUUUACAUACAUACGAUAUGUUUAACCCUUGAAGAACAAACUCGACUUUCGACUAUAUGCAAAGCAGAAAUGUUUAUAAGUAAUAAUGGAAAACCAAAAGGAAUACAAAAGCAAACAAAAAAGUGGUGUGAAGCCGCAAUUUUAAUUAGUGCAAAAAUAUUUAAGUGAAAUUGUAUUUUAUUGAAAUUUCAUACAGACACGCUUGCUAUAACUUAUAACUGUAAAAGACGAUUGGCUUGCAAAUGCUUUGCUUAUUUCAGACAUGCUUCAAUGUAUGUAGCUUGCAUUUGGAAAUGCGCGCAUAAAAUAUACGCGACGUUAGAAAAGAGUCUUAAGAAAACUAUAUUCCGCACGCACACUAGUUAUGUUAUGUAGCUUAAUUUAUUUUAUAAACAAAAGAUAUAUGUAUGUAUGUAUGAAUAUCGAAAAUAUUGCAUAUUAUAUUUAUGUAGCGAAAUGAAAGAACAAAAAACUAGAAAACAGCCAACAGCCAAACAAACAAAGAAUUCAAAUCCCAAAAACCGCUCAAAAGGCAACCUUGCAUAACGGUUAAUGAAAGCAUAUAAGACAAAAUUUCAUUGCAAUUCAUCGACGCUAGUCCUCUUAAACGUUUAAGUUACUUGUUUUAGUUUUACAUACUUACAUAUGUGUUUAUAUAGUUAUAUAUCUUGUAUUUGUAUGUGUAUGUGUAUGAAAUGUUAAUGCAGCUUUAGCCGAAUUAUAGACCAAAAGGCAAUUUAAGCACUUUCAGCAGUGUGUUUUGAAUAGUUUCUGAAUGUGAUAUGUGUUUAAUUAUAUAUUUAAUAUAUGUACAUACGUGUAUGCUGACUAUGUUUAAAAUACACAAGAUGUUAUUAAGGCUAAUUUAUUGCUAAAUUAAUUGUUCAAUUUAUUAUUAUAUUUUUAAUGAUUUUAGUAGCGGCGUUAGUAUGUGCCCAUCUUUUAUAACUGUUAAUUGUGGCUAAUGUUCAAUGAAUGAUCUAAAGCGUAUGCUGCAGUUUCUAGCCACGGUAUUUUUCAAAAAAAACCUUGAAAAUAAAAAAUUUUCGAAAUUGGAGCUUCUAUAACGGUAUUUUUCAAAAAAAAACAUUAAAAAUAAAAAUUGUUUCAUUGAAAGAAUUAUUAUUUCCUAAAGCUAAAAUGAACUCGUAUCAAAUUUAAAUUAAAAAAAAAAUUAAGCUUCGAAUUUAAAAAAAAAAAAGGUUUAAAAAUACAUAUUUUUUCAUUGAAAGAAUUAUUAUUUCCUUAAGCGAAGAUGAACUCGUAUGAAAAGUUUAAAUUUAUAAAAAAAAAUUAAAACUUCGAGCUUCUAGUAACGGUAUUUUCAAAAAAAAAAAACUUUAAUAAAAUUUUUUUCAUUGAAUUGUUAUUUCUUAAAGCGAAGAUUAUACGAUUUCAAAAUUUUAAAUUUAUAAAAAUUAAAGCUUCGUUCAUUUCUAGUAACGGUAUUUAUUCAAAAAAAUUAAUUUUAAAAAUAAAAAUUUUUAUCAUUGUAGUUUCCUGAAGCGAAGAUGAAAUCGUAUCAAAAGUUAAAUUUAUAAAAGAAAAUAAGUCUUCGAGCGAACGGUAUUUUUCAAACACAAAUCUUUAAAAACAAAAUUUUUUUCAAUGAAACAAUUAUAAUUUCUUAAUGCAAAGAUGAACUCGUGUCAAAAGUUUAAAUUUAUAAAAAAAAUUAAAACUUGGAGCAUUUUUUGAUUUUAAACCAUAUUGUUUUCUGGUUUGUUCAAAAAACUUCUAUAUAGUCACCUAAAAUGAAAAAACAAAUCAUCAUCAAAAACAAUCGAAAAUCGCUGUCAGAUAUAAUAACCAAUAUAUAACCACUUUAUAACAAAAACUGAAAUUUUGUUUUAAUAUGAGUGCAUAUUAACCACUAUAUAACCAAUAUAUAACCACUUUAUAACCAACACUCAAAUUUGGUUACAAAAUGAGUGGUUUGAAUUAUAUCGCUUUUGCUCCGCCUGUAAACUUAUGAAAAGUAAUGUUACAUUAUUUUGCAUUUUAGGUGAGGAUAUAGAUAGUACAUAUGUUUAUAUAUUUGUUAAAAGUAAUGGAAAUGCUGCUCGGAAUUUCGGUGCGAUUAAAUUUUUCUGAAGCAAACUGAAUUAAUGGCUUCGGUUUUGGCAUGGAAAACUUUAACUGGUUUCGAAAUUGACCAUUUCGUUGCUGAAAAAGGUAGUUUCAUAUUUAAAUGAAGAGACCGUUAUUAAAAAUCAAUUUAUUAAAAGUUAAAAAAAAUCAAUUUAUUUGAAAUUAAAAAAUAUUCAAAAAUGAACAAGAACUUCGAAUACCACUAAUUUCUAUAAUAAAAAACGAAGUAAUUAAGAAGCGAUAAAAAGUCACACACUUACUUGCGACAGUGCAGCGCUACUCUAAGAAACGAUCACGCGAUUUGAUGCGAAGGGAACGUUUUCCUCAGUCAAGCUCUCUUGAAAGUGUUCAUAUUUUAAAUAUUUCGAUAUUUUUAUACACAGCAUGAAAAAUACAUAUUUAUUAACAGUUAAUUUUAUUUACAACAUAAUUUUACUUAUAAUUUAUACAAUAUAAUUAUUAAAUAUUUUUUUUUAAUUAUUUUUUGUUCGAAAAUUAUUUUUUGUUAUAUUAAAAGGCUUCAUGCUGAAAAAUGCCAUAUUUUUUAAGUAACUAACUGCUAUUGAAGCAAUAAGCGAGCAUAUUCAACACAACCAAAUACAUAUGUACCGACGAUAUUAUUUUUUUAAGAAUUUUUGAUUUUUUCAAAUUUCAUUUUACGAAAAAAAUAUUUGUGAGUUAAAAAUUGUUUUAACAAAAAAAUAUUUGUAGCAAAUUUCCAGCGCUUUCGGCUUACACAUACACAAAUCUGUAAAAUAUUUUAAGCAAAUUUACAGCGUACAAAAUCGUAAAAGAAUAUACAAAACAAUAAAAACAAAGCUUUUUCAUGUGUAGCUGCAGUAGCUUCUAAAAAUAAUGAGAAUUUAUUCAAAUAAAUCUGUAUUGAAAAAUAAAAAAAAUAAAUUAUAAAAAAUAAAAAUUAUAAAAAAAUAAAUUAUAAAAAAUAAAAAUUAUAAUAAAAAUGAAUUCUAAAAUGUCGUGAAACUUUGAGACCACUACAAGACACAAAAGCAGCGGACCCUGCUUGUAGAUAGUAGGGAACUAGUUGGCUCUCGAGUGUUACCUCGAAAGUAUUCGCUAGGGUUGAAAUACUAAAACAGACACUGGAUUAGCGGAAAAUAUGUGUAUAAAUUGAAAAUUGAAAUUUAAAAGAAAAUGUGAAAAGUAAAUGCUAACAGACAAACCCCAUAUAUUGUAUUUAAAGCUGAAAUUGAAAUUAGAGCUAAAACAAAAUUGUAACUGGGUACUGUAAGAAGCCAUACCUUAAACAAAAUAAAUAAUUGCUGCAUCUGUAUAUUUAAAAUAUAUUGAA